AUGUCGUACAAGGUGGUGUUGUGUGGGUCGGGCUUUAUAGGUAGUAGGAUAGCUCACGCUAUAAGUAUGGCGAACCGGCAAACCCCACUACGGCGCCUUAUCCAACCCUCAUCCCGCACCUUGGAUUCCCGCGCCGACAUCUUGAGGCGUGAGCUGCCUCCCGAUGAUAUGCUCGCAUUCCGACCUUUCGACAUUACCAGACCGGAGACGCUCGCCCCCGCCUUGGAAGGCGCAGAAGUCGUGGUUUCGCUUGUCGGACUUCUUACCGGGAGUCCGGAUCUCUUCGAAAGGGUCCAGUGGAGAGGAACUGAGAAUGUUGCCGUUGCUGCCAAAAGAAUCGGCGCAAAGCUCAUAUAUAUCAGUGCUAUAGGCGCCGAUAAGGAGAGUUCUGUGCCCUACGCAAAGACGAAGGCGCUUGCCGAAGAGGCGGUCCUACGGCACUGUCCUGACGCGACGAUCAUACGACCCAGUCUAGUGUUCGGACCGGGGGAUAGCUUCUUCAAUCGCUUCGCUACGCUAUCAAAAUUUCUGCCCUUCUUACCAGUGUUCGGCGACGGAUCGACCAGGUUUCAACCCGUAUUCGUCGAUGACCUCGCCCAACUCGUCGAAAUCAUAUCGAGGCAAGAUCCUGCCAUCCGGUCUGAGGUCGCUGGAAGAGUGAUUGAAGCGGGUGGACCCGAUGUAUUCUCGUUCAAGGAUAUCAUGCGCCUCGUACUUCAAUACACCGGCCGCGCCCGACCUGUUAUCUCUGUACCAUGGGCAAUCGGCAAAUUACAGGGUGCAGUGCUGGAGCGUUUGCCGGAGACCAUCCUGACCAUGACGCAAGAUCAAGUCGAGCAACUGAAGAAAGAUAACAUCGUCGCAAGCCCGACCCCGUCUGGAUACAUCAACUUUCUAGAUUUUAUGCGGAUGCACGGUUACGAACUGACCCCUGUAGAACGUGUCCUACCUAUGUAUCUUCGCCCGUAG